GGUUGGGUUUGUAUUGGAUUUUGCGGAUAAAAUAAUAAUUUAUCAUAACCUCAUAAAUAUCUCAAGUCUGAGAGGUUGAAGCAUAAAGUAAACAAAGUGUUAAGUAUUAAUUACGUCGCAAAUAAAAUAACACGAGCAAAACGCUUGUUUCAUUGUUAUUUGAAUUUAAAAAAUAAACAUAAUCAUGAUUAAUCCAUUGGAGAAACUGAUAUCAUUUGUGAGCUACUGGUAUUUUCGAUACACGCUCGUUACUGAGCUUUACAUGGUAGAAAAAUGGGAGAGAUAUUUUAUUCAUAUAUUUAUGCUGAUACUUUUUGGACUGACAUUCGUCUUCAAUUACACGGUUCUUUUACCUACAGCCAAAAGUUUAUUUAUUCGUUAAUAAUUUCACCAUACAUGUAAAUAAUAAUUAAUGAUUAAUAAUAAUAUGUAACAGGAUUAUUAAACUGUCAGUAGGUACACAUAAUAAGAGCCUUUGUCCAAGAUAUUCAUCAUCAUUAUUAUUAUUAUUAUUAUAUAUAUAUAUCAAUUAAUUAAUUUAUAAUUCAUAAAUUAUUUACAAUACAAAUACAAUUAUUUUAUUAAUUAAGAGCUUCACUAACAAUUCAUUCGAUUAAUUUAUUAUAUUUUAGUUUAGUUCGUUCAUUUUUAAAUAAUCAUUUUUUUAAAUUUGAAUUUUGCUAAUACAAUCAAUAAUUUUGGCGAUCAAUUAUCAAUAAAUUAUUUUUUUUAUUUCUU